CAGAGAGAGAGAGUGAGAGAGAGAGAGAGAGAGAGAGAGUGAGUGUGUGUGCGUGCGUGUGCAUGCAUGUAUGCGCGAGCCUGUGUAUCACUCUCUCCCACAAACACACCACACUAUUAUUUAUCUUGUUCUUUACUGCUGUUAAUUCUAGAUAUGUUAUGUCAACCCCACACUGAUUUACCCACCUCUUCUUAUGUAUUUUCUUUUUUGUUUUUGUCUUAUGGUCUUAUGUUCUUGUAUGUCAUGAUGUAUGUAACAAUAGCUUUGGCAACACUGUUCCCAUAGUCAUGCUAAUAAAGCAACUUUGAAUUUGAGAGAGAGAGAGAAAUGGUAAAACCUUGCAUCAUAACUGCAAUUGUAUGUCUAACACUAAUUUUACUUUUUACUUUAUUUUUUUUUCCCUCCAGAAAAUGCAAUCAAAGAUGGUAGAGUAUCAAGAGCAAUUGGGCUGUGCAAGAAGUUGGUGGGACACUUCUCGCACAGUUGGAAGAAAAAGGCAGCACUCACUGAGGCACAGAAGGAGCUUAAGCUUCCUGAGCACUCUCUCAUUACUGAGUGCCCUACAAGAUGGGGUUCAAAGAGAAAAUGAUUGCCAGAGUGCUGGAACAGAUGAAAGCCAUAUCGCAGGUAUUGACAGGUGACCGACAUGCACGCUCCCUCAUCCCAACCUGGCAGGAUGCUGAAGUGUUGGAGUCCAUUCAUAAGGCACUGCAUCCUCUCUCCGAAUUUACUGAUGCUCUUUCUGGAGAAGAGUAUGUGAGCAUCUCCUACCUCAAGCCAGUUCUCCAUCUUCUGGCAACAUCAGUCUUGGCUGAAGAUGCUGAGGACACUGAUCUGACUAGAUCAAUUAAAACCAAGGUCCUGGCAUACCUCAACGACAAGUAUAGUGACCUCAACACCCAGGAGCUUUUGGAUGUUGCGUCGUUCAUGGACCCUAGGUUCAAAACGCAAUACAUCAGCGCAGACAACCUUCCUGCCAUUAAGGCCCGACUGAAGACAGAAAUGGUGGAAUCGGCUAGACGUACACAUAAUCAGGAGAAGAGGUCUCGCACUGAAACUGCUCAAAAUUCUCCAAGUGCACAGGCCUCUGGGGGAAAGGCAAAGAAGACUCUUGGUAGUCUUUUUAAAACCAGUGCGGCCUCUUCAGCUUUGCCUCUGCCACUUGAAGAUGUCGUGGAGGCAGAGUUGAAUAGUUACCUGUUGACCCCUGUCAUUGACGGAGAGGAUGAUCCCUUAGCCUGGUGGAAGGUGCACAACAUUCACUUUCCACGACUGUGCAAGAUGGCCCGCAAAUAUCUGUGUGUGCCAGCCACAAGUGCCCCCUCAGAGCGUCUGUUCAGCACUGGAGGGAAUAUAGUGACCUGCACUCGCUCAUCCUUAAAGCCAGCAAAAGUAGAUAUGCUGGUCUUCCUAGCAAAAAACCUGUGAGCUAGGAUGAUUAUGGCUAGCUGAGCCAUACUCAUUGUGCACUUUAGUUUGUGCUGUGUUGCUGUUACUUACUGCAGAUAAUCAAGAUGUUCAGCCAAUUUUAAUUUAAAGGCGUGUUUGUGUGUGUGUUUAUACAAUUGCUAUUAUGUUUGCACUUUAUGUGUAAUGUUACUGACUGCAGAGAUCAGUAAGAUGUGUGUAUUUUUUAUUUAUUAGUUUUAUUUAUUUAAUAUUAUUUUUUAAUUUAAUGACUGUCUAGUAGUUCACAGAUGUCGAAAAACUGAGUGUGGUAAAGCCACUGAUUUUUUUAUGUAUAUUUCUGCAAUCUGCACAUUGUACUGACUUUCAUUUUAAUGUUUACACCAGGGUUCCUUGUCAGCACUUUAUGCUCAGAUGUUUGUAAGCUAAAAAUAAACUAUUGUGUAUGUUCAAAUAUACUGUUGUGAUUGAAGAAGUUAAAUAAAAAUGUCAGUCAUCAA